AUGGGCGAGUGUACAAAAUUAUUGAAAAUAAGCAAUAGAGCAUUUUAUAACUGUACAAAAUUAACAUCGAUAAUAAUGCCACCUUGUAUUACAUCUCUUGGAACAGGCUGCUUCCAUCGAACUUUAUCACUCAAAAGAAUUGAUUUUCCAGAUUCUCUUGAAACUAUCCCUGGCUGGGAUGGAAAAGAUUACAACGAAUUCCAUUAUUCAGGGAUUUCAGAGAUUUCAAUUGGCAAAAACUCUAAUUUGACAUACAUUGGGGUGGAUACAUUUGCGUAUUCUAAAUUGAAAUAUUUUACGAUUCCUUCGAAAUUAAAAAUGCACGAUGGAUCAUGCCUUGAAGGUUGUCCCAUAAUUAGUAUUACUAUUGAUGAGAGAAAUCCAUAUUACAAAACUGAUGGAACUUCUAUUUUUUCUGGAUCAGGUUUCUCAAAUUUAUUUUAUGUAAGUUCAGCGCUAACUGGAACGUAUCAAAUUCCCACCUUCAUUAAAACAAUUGGCGAUUCUGCUUUCAGAAAUGGUAACAUAAGUAAAAUAAUUCUAACAUCAAAUGUGACAACUCUUGAUAAUUGGUGCUUUGAUAAUACUCAAAUAACAGAAUUUACAUUUACAGAUCAAAUUAAAUCGAUUGGAACUUGGGUAUUUGGAGGUUGUAAAAAAUUAGCUUCAGUAACAUUGAAUGAAAAUAUCAAAAAAAUACCUGAUAGAAUGUUUUCUUCUUGCGAAAGGCUUGCAAGCAUCAACAUUCCUUCAAAUUUGGCAUCAAUAGGUGCUGGAGCUUUCUCAGGAUGCAGUUUACUUAAGUCAAUAACACUUCCUAAAACAUUGACAGAACUUGGUGAUGGAGCUUUCACUGAUACUGGUGAAAUUAACAUCACCUCUUUGAGUCCAGCUUUUUAUUCAGAAAACUUCCUUACAUACAAAAACAAUAAAGAAAUAUUGAUUCUAUACACAGACUCAAAUACUAAUAAUGAUCUUUCGAUUAUAAGCGAUUGUAAAAGCAUUGGUGAUCUCACAUUCUAUAACAAAAAGCUUCGAGAUGUUACAUUCCAGAGUGAAGAUCCUGAAAUCAACUUAACUAUUGGAAAUCAAGCCUUUCAAUCUUCUACUAUUAGAUCUAUUAUCUUUCCACCUGGAUUAAUCUCUAUUGGAAUAAAUGCAUUCGAUAGUUGUGUAUCUCUUAAGAAUGUUACAUUUAAAGGAAACAAAAUAAAAAACAUUCCAAACUACUGUUUUAAGGAUAAUAUUAAUCUUGAACACAUCGCACUUCCAUCAUCCAUCGAGAGUAUUGGUGAGUAUGCAUUCUACAACAGUGGAUUGAGUUCAGCGAAUCUUGCAAACAGCGGCUGUGUAGUUGACAUCAAGUGCUUCAUGGGCUCAUCAAUCAGUGAACUCACAAUUGGCACUUCUAUUCCACAUCAGCUCUGUCAGUACUGUGUAUUUCUUGAAACUCUCAAUCUGAAGAUCGGUGUUUCAGUGAUCGGUCCAUAUUCAUUUGAUGGUUGCACAUCUCUCAAAGGAUUCACAAUUCCUAAGACACUCACAAGCAUCAAAGGUUUUGCAUUCCAAACUUGCACUUCUCUUUCCACUGUCUACAUGAGUGGUGAAUGCACUCUAUCUCGAGUUGAUGGUGGUUGCUUCUACGAAUGCUUCAGUCUCACAGAAAUCAUAUUGCCUCCAUCAGAUCAAAGAUAUCGUUUUGAGAACGGCGCACUCACCAACUACGAUCAAACCAAUCUCAUUGUCUUCCUCCCUUACAGUGGAGUCAAGAACUUCAUUGUUCCUAUGACGAUGAGAACUAUUGGUCAAUGUGCUUUCAUGGGCAGUCCAUCGCUUAUCAGAGUUUUCUUCAACGGCAACAAUAUCCAGACUAUAGACUACCAAGCAUUCAAAGACUGCAAAAAUCUCAAUCUCGUCUUCUUCUCAUCAUCCAGCAUCAAAACCAUCGGCGACCAAGCUUUUGAUGGCUGUACUCUUCUUCGCAAAUGCGGUUCUUUCUCAACUCCAUCGAAUGCUCAGAAGAUCAUCAUUGAGCAAGGUAAGAUCCCUUCUAUUGCAUUCCAAGAUGAUUGUGGUUUAAUGAUUUCAUGCAAACAUAUCCAAUAUCCCGAAAUUUCAUCCUCAUAUCUAUAUCCUUUCAUAUCUCUAUCCUUUCAUAUCUCUAUUUAUGUAAUAAAAAUUGUUUGUAAUAUCUUUUCUUAA